GCCAAGCGAAGUCGCAAUCCGUACAAUCGAGUCCUUACGCUUUUACCGCCUCGUCGUCGCAAUACGGUCCUGGAUCUCAGAUUACUGAUUGAACGUCAGAAAUCAUUCCAUCACAAUUGAUGAAACAGAGGGGAAGAGAACGAGGGAAGAUAACGGGGUUCGACUAAGAAUAUAAUUGAGGUAUUGACCUUUCUCUUUUAUCACAAGCAGAGAUAUUAAGGCGAUUGACCUGCGACUAAACUGGUUCCUUUCGAAUGUCUUGGAAUAUUCGAGAAUGGGGAAGCCGGAAUGAAAUAGGGUGCAGUGAGGGAGGCAUAAACGAAUAGUGGUCGAAACGAAUCCCAAGGUCUACGUCCUGUUUACGUUCUCGGAGAAAAUAAGCUUCCUGCUUCUUACUGCUGAAAGUUUCGUUCACGUUUUCCUUUUACUUCCUUAGCAAUUUCCUCAAGUUGUUUUAUAGUAUCUAUUCUCUCUUUAUUUUCUUCUUUUUUAUCAUUGAAUCUUAUCGAUAAAUUUAGAAUAAUAUAUGAAUCACGGUUGCGAUUGUGAUUAUUCUUCGUCAUUCUAAUAUUCAUACUAUGCACCUAUCCUCUUAUCUUCAAGAAAUUUUUUCACACGGUGUGCAAAUGUUAAAAAGCCUUGAAUCGUAAAUUAUCAACGGACUUCCUUUUUUUUGGAAUUUUUAUAUUAUAUUUUUAUAUUGUUUCUAUUUCCCUUACCUUCUAUUCGCUAUGAAUGAUAAGCUAGCAACGAACACAGUAUCUUACAGGAUGUAAUCGAUUUUUUCAUUCUACAAGUAAAAUUUAUAAAACAGAAUCUCCCCGAUCUUGGAAUAUACCCCGAUCUAAAAAAUACCAUCGCGUUAAACUAGAAUUUUUAUUACAUCGCAUUUUCUUAGUAUGAUAAUAACACAGUAUGCCCCGUACAUUCAUUUUGUCCACUUCACGUAUACAUACAGUUGGUAUGCUAAGCUUCUAAAAAUUCCGGAAAAAUUUCAAGCUACCUACCAACGUAUCCGUUUUAUCGUCCAACGCAAUUCCUACGCAAGUUGUUAACAGAUUUCCUUCAUAACGACGAACCAUUUAUUCAAGCAGCAAAAUUGAAUGUUAAACUUUGCUGGUGUAUCCAAAUGGAGCCAUAAAUGCUAGAAAAAGAUUGAUUUAAAAAAAAAAAUGUGCGGAUUAAUUGGUCCAGCUACAAGAAAUCACAUCCUCCAACAUCCCUUCUUACAUUCGUCGAUCGUUCUUUCUAUGUUUACUUUCCUCCUUUGUGUUCCUCAACAAGCCAAACUCACCGACAAUAUUAUUAAACUGUCCCUGGAGAUUGAGUUCUCCAGUGAACCGAAUGUUUUUCCAGUGACCAUCAGCGGCUCGUCGUUUAAGGGAUUCUUCCUGCAGGCACGUGACCCUGAUACAGACAACUGGAUCGGUUCCUGGGCGCAAACCGACAACACGAAUACCCACCCUGAGUGCAGUGCCGUGACACACGCCGAUCCUUACGUGAAACAGCACGCCACUCUUAUCUGGAAUGCGCCACCGAACGCCCGUGGACGCGUGUACUUCACAGGCACCAUUUUGAAGGAAUACGCGACUUACUGGUCCAAUCUGGUAGCCACAACGAAGAAUUGAAGAUCUCUACUAAUUUCUAAGUUCAAAAGUAUUCUACUCUGGAACUAAUAAUUGUAUUCGAUUCUUCGAAAGAUCUUGCUUUUGCGUUGAAAGCAUAGUGAUUCAUAAAUGAACAGAGGGAAGUGGUGACAUCGGAACGCCCUAGAAUAUCGUAAAAUACGAAGAAACGUGUAUUUUGUACUAUCUUGUAUAUUGUAUAUUGAUCUAUUUUAUUGUAAGAAAGAAAGAACGAUUUUAAAUAUAAAAUCAGAACAAUUCACGAUUUUGUAUAUCCUAGCUAUAUUAAUCUAUUUUCUUAUAAGCAGAAACUAAGAUAUUAACUGUCAAAUAAUAAAAACUUUUUGUGUUGCUUAUGUAUAUUGACCUAUCUUGUAAUAAGAAAAAACGUUAAAUACAAAGUCAUAAAAAUUUA